CGUUAAUUUUCAGAUUCUUUAAUCAAAAGGCCCAGAAAAAACCCUCUUCUUCCCGCGACCCCGGAGAUUCACUUCACUUUCCUCUGACCCAGUCAAAGUUCCAAUCUUUAUAGGUUAUAUCAAUCAAACAUCGACAAAUCUCAUCUUUGGGUAUUUGUGAUUUCGCCUCAAUUUGAUGGCUUUAUCCCUUUUAACAAAAGGGUUUGUGUCAAAUUGAUCGUUCUAUUGAAUUUUGAUCCAAAGUUCUUAUUUUUAGGUUUCUCAUCUGUUGUUGAAACUUAAAAAGUUGAAACCUUGAAUGUAUCUUAUUACAAUUGAAGAACAAUCUUGGCUUGUGAACUUGCCCAAAUUGUUUCUGGGUGUUCUCAGGCCUCUUCAAUUGUCUUUUGAGCUAAAACCAUUCUCUUCUUAUUGUGUUAAGAGAGAUAGGUGGGAUCUAGUGUUGUUUUCUUUACAGGGUGGUUGAUCAACAAAACUUGUCUUUUAGAAUGGGUUCUACACAAAGGUCUACAUUGGGGUUGGUUGAUCAUGGUGGUUCAACUUCAACCUCACAUGAAAAGGCUUCUUCUUACAUUGAUAAUAUGCCAGUUUAUGUUAAGGAAUUGAUUGCUGGAGGAGCUGCAGGGGCGUUUGCGAAGACGGCAGUUGCGCCAUUGGAACGGAUUAAGAUUUUAUUGCAGACAAGGACAAAUGGGUUCCAAUCUCUUGGGGUGCAUCAAUCUUUGAAGAAGUUAUUAAAGCAUGAAGGUGUUAAGGGAUUCUAUAAGGGAAAUGGUGCUAGUGUUAUUCGUAUAGUUCCUUAUGCAGCCUUACAUUACAUGACCUAUGAGCAAUAUAGGUCUUGGAUUCUGAAUCAUUAUCCCAUUUUAGGAUCAGGGACUCAUAUCGAUCUCUUAGCCGGUGCAGCAUCGGGAGGAACAGCUGUUUUGUGCACAUAUCCCUUGGACCUCGCUCGUACAAGACUCGCUUACCAGGUUGUGGACACUAGAGGAAGCUUAGAGUAUGGUACAAAGGGUUUUCAAUCUCAAACUGCUUACAAAGGCAUAAAAGAUGUGCUUUUCAGCGUUUACAAAGAAGGGGGAGCCCGUGGCCUGUACAGAGGUGUUGGUCCAACACUCAUUGGAAUCCUCCCUUAUGCCGGUUUGAAGUUUUACAUAUACGAAGAGCUUAAGGGGCAUGUUCCACAAGAUUACGAGAACUCCAUCACUAUGCGCCUUUCUUGUGGCGCUUUAGCUGGAUUAUUCGGACAGACUUUCACUUACCCGUUAGAUGUUGUUAGGAGGCAAAUGCAGGUUGGAAAUCGAUCGAAAACUACUCAAGGUGGUGAUCCCGGAUCCAAGAACACAUUGGAAGGGCUUACCACUAUUGUUCGUAAGCAAGGGUGGAGACAGUUGUUUGCAGGCUUAAGCAUUAACUAUAUCAAGAUUGUUCCAUCGGUGGCUAUCGGUUUUACUGCAUACGACACAAUGAAGUUUUGGCUGCGUGUUCCGCCCCGACAGAAGUCUCAACCAACUUCCUCAGCAUGAUUGUUCCAACAAUUUUGAGUAUUUGUCAUAGUUCUUUAUUUUGUUAUAAAAUAAUAAAAUGGUUAAUAAUUGGAAGAUAAAUUUUAGUUUUGUCCUUCUUUGGAAUUCUUUAUUGUGUAAAUUAGUGGUGGAAAUUGUCUAAUUGUUCUAACUAAUCCUUUAGUUAAAUAGUAAUGAUAUAUAUAAUUAACAUAGUUGAUAUCA